AUGGAGACCUUUGCUGCUCGUCUUGCCAGCUUCGAUCGGGUCUUAUACCCGGAGAAACGCAGGUCAUCCAGCGCGAAGUCUGCGAAGCCGGUCGCUUGGCCGCAUAGCCGGCCGUCCCCCGCUGAGCUUGCGCACGCAGGUUUCUUCUAUAAUCCCUACGAGACAAACCCCGACAAUACAACAUGCUUCCUAUGCCGGAGAGCGCUCGACGGUUGGGAGGAGGAUGACAACCCGAUCACAGAGCAUCUUAAGCACACAAAGGACUGUGGCUGGGCGAUCAUGAUGGACAUCCAGCAGCACAGUUCCAACCCAGCCGAGAUCGAGGACCCGACAGGCGAGCGGAUAGCGCAAGCCAGGCAAGCCACCUUUGGCGAGUCAUGGCCACACGAUGGAAAGCGAGGCUGGCUAUGCCAGUCGGAUAAGAUGGUCGAAGGUGGGUGGUACUUCUGUCCAAACGAAGAGAGCGAUGACUUGGCCACCUGCCCUUAUUGCAAACUGUCUUUGGAUGGUUGGGAGCCUAAGGACGAUCCAUUUGAUGAGCACUAUCGCCGCUCGUCGGAUUGUUCCUUCUUCGUCUUUGCCAAACCCCCCGGUAAGAAAGGAAAAGGUUCACGGUCUAAAAAGGCUCGGGUCUCGAAGGCUUCCCGCCUGUCCACUCAAUCAACCGCAUCAGAAGCACCAGUGUCUGAACUGGACGACCCAGGCGACCAAAGCAUCCUGUCCCAGUCGACUACAAAAACCAAGUCUUCAAAAAAGACUUCCAAGUCAAAGGUGAAGGGCACGAAAUCAAAGAAGGAGGAACCCGUGGAGCCUGACAGUCAGAUGGAUGUGGAUACCGCCGAUUUUAAUCAGCCCGAGCCUACAAAAACCAAACGCACCAGGGGAAAGAAAAGACCAAGUGAGGAAGUACAAAAAGACGAGGCAGAACUUGUCGAUACAGACAUUGUCGAAAAAACUGAACCUCCGGCUAAAAAGAGAGCCACCAAGUCACGCAAUAGUACACAGCAUCAGGACCAUGACCACGGAUUAGAGGCCGUGACCGAAGAUACCCAAGUAGAAGAGGCUCCUGUCGAAGAGAAGCCGAAGAAGAGCCGCGGAACAACUAAGAAGAAGACAGCUUCUAAAAACCGAAAAGUAUCAACAGACUCGGUCAUCUCGAGGGCACCAUCCACAACGGAGAUUCUCCCCAACUCUGAGCACGACGCGGCAAUGGAUGUCGACCUUGAACACGAGAAGCCCAGCCGAGAGCCAAGCGAAGAGCCCCUGCCAGAGCCAUCGAAAAAGUCCAAAUCCAAGAAGAAAGCUAAGGUGGCCCCAGAGCCGUCGAACGACACGAUAGAGCACAGUGCGGAGAUCGAGCCGCAAGAGGAUGUGAGCCAAGAGCCUGAACAGGCUCCAGAGCCAAAGCCACCGGUUGAAGAUUCGCCGCAGCCGAGACGCACGAGCAAACGGCAGAGCGCAAGGAGUUCUGAUAAGGUUCGACAGAGGCCUCAUGAAGUAGCUCCUCAAGACCCACCCCAGCGUGUCACGCAGCCAGAAACUGAACCCACGACUAGUGCUGCAACUGACUCGAAGCAUCAUGAGUCAUUUGUCUCGGUGGAAAUCCCAGCAAGGGGUCCAGAGCAGGAAGUCAGUGCAGUGCAGAGUGAUAAGGACACUAAAAAGAAGGUGAAAAGGAAGGCUUCAACGGAAAAGCAGAGGAAGUCAAAGCAGGCAGAUCACAAUGCCAAUGUGGAGCUUAGCCACGAGACAGCCCCUGCUAAGACGGAGGACGAAGUCACGACAGACAACUUGGAACAAGUGUCGGACAUCCCGCAACAAAUUGAGGAAGAAAGGCCCCAAGAGCGGACCCCCGAUCAACAAUCUGCUCGACGCAGGUCCUCUAGGGUGCCUCCAAAAACGGUGGAAAAAUACAGCGAUAUACCUAGGGAGAAGCAAUAUGCCAAGUCACUAGCAGAGUCCCGAAGUCCUCGUGUCAACACAGCGCCGGAAGACGAGCAUCAGCAUGAGGAGAUACCAGAGCCUGCUACAGUAUCACCUCUUCCCUCACCUUCUAAGAGCACUCCGUCUCUGUCACCGCAAUCAUCCGAUGCUGAGAACCAGCCCCCAUCUUUAAAACCGUCUGUGUCUCGGGCGCCUGUAUUAUCGCCUUCUAAGCGCUCAGUUCGAAUUCCACUUGCGACUAGUACUCCUUCCCCAUCAAAGCGAGUGCCUAACAAAGGCUCCUUCAACACAUCCCACCCAUGGACUCCCAUCGACAUUGACGGAAUCCUCGUGGCUGGGAUUAGUGACAAGGAAAACAUCGACUUCAAUGGUCUUCUGAGCAAUGCCAAGGGUGAAUUGACUAGCCCCGAGAAGAAGAUGACAGUCGAGGAAUGGAUCAAAUGGAAUGCGAAGAACGGAGAAGAGAAACUCAAGCGAGAGUGCGAGCGGGUAGUCAGCCAGUUUGAGAGAGAGGGAGCUCGAGCUAUGCGAACCCUGGAAGGCAUUGAAUGUACAGAUUGA